AUGAACCGGAUCUUCGGGCAAGCUAAACCGAAACAGCCCCCUCCAAAUCUGACUGAUGUGAUUUCCAAUGUAGAUAGCCGGGCCGAAUCUGUUGAUAAAAAAAUCGAUAAACUGGAUGAGGAACUUAAAAAAUAUAAACUACAAAUGCAAAAGAUGAGAGACGGUCCUGCUAAAGAGAGCGUCAAAAUGAAGGCUUUAAGAAUUUUAAAGCAAAAGAAGGUGUAUGAAAAUCAAAAGGAACAACUUUCCAACCAAAGUUUUAAUAUGGAACAGACUAAUUUUGCUAUCCAGACUGUGCGUGAUACCAAAGUUACAGUGGAUGCCAUGAAAGUCGGUGCCAAAGAAUUAAAACUGGAGAUGAAAAAAAUUAACCUAAAUAAUGUGGAAGAUCUUCAAGACGAUUUAGCUGAUCUACUCGUCUCAACUGAUGAAUUACAAAAUAUUCUCAGUCAGUCCUACGCGACACCCGAUAUAAAUGAAAAUGAUCUGGAACAAGAAUUGAUGGGUUUGUGUGAUGAGCUAGGUUCUGAUACAACGUAUUUAAAUGAAGACUUUAACGCACCUUCUGUUCCAACGGGGAUUCCUGGAGAAAGUUUACCAACUCCAGCCAUGGGUACUAUGCCGUCUGCUAACAAUAUCAAACUGGACGAAUUUGGUUUGCCUCAGAUUUCGUGAAUCACACUUACCUUGAUCGCUGGCACAACACAUAUCUUGAUUUAUUUCAGAAGUGUUUUGUUCUCCAACAUAACAUUAUCUUCACUCUUACUUCUAAUAAUAUCUUAUCUGCAAUGAUUUUUUAAUUUCUUUUGUCAGUGGACGAAUUUGUCACACAAUGUUUCAUCAUUCACUAACAUUGUAGUAUUCUAAGGUUAUCAGUAAUAGAACUUUGUCAGAGAGGGACAAGCGAGUGUCGAUAAACCUUCAUUUAGACCCAUCGUAUCCUCAUAAUAUGUUUCGUUUAUAUUCACUCAAUCCAGUUCAUCUUUCAAUAACUGAAAUGAUACAAUGCACAUUAGAUGUUUUGAAAUUUUCUCAAAGUUGAAGUAAUUCAAACUAUUUACGAAUAAUGUUGAAAUGAAAUUACUUCAAAUCAGAAUGCAAGCCUAUUUGAUUGAAUAGACCCCAUUUUAGUUAGGACUGAGGGACUACGUGAAAAUUUGUAACAUAAGGAA